AUGAUGAUAAAGAUGAAUUUUAUUAUUACAAAUAUAUCAGAGAUAAAAAACGCAAGACAGAACCAUGUUGUUGUGGUUUAUUUUAUAAAGAAACUGAUGAAUUUUAUGAUUAGGCUCUCCAUUUCUAUAUUUAUGUGCCAAAAUUUUAAGUUUAUAAUUGAUUACAUAAAUGUCAAAAUAAAUACAUUUUAUUUAUUAUAA